UCGUAUUGUUGUAACGCAACCAAGCUGGCGAAAUCAUCUUUGUUUAGAAAUGGCUCGCACGAGAAACAGUGUAUUGGAAACAAGAACCUCAACCCUGAAAGGAAAGUUUCUUUUUUCAGCAGGGUGACAUACUGGUGGUUCAACAGUGUUAUAACUUUAGGUUAUAAGAGACCCUUGCAGAGAGAAGACCUCUUUGAAUUAAGCGAUGAUGACUCAUCUUACACUGUAUGCCCCAGCUUUGAGAAACAGUGGAGGAAAGAAAUUAUUGGGCCAACUGAGGUACCAAGAGAAGAUGAGGAAAGCCUUUUGGGAAAAGGAAAAAACCAUAAGCCCUCUUUGCUUCGUGCUUUAUGGCAGACAUUCAGAAGGCUUCUUGUUCAGAUUGCACUUCUGAAAGUGUUGGCAGAUUCUUUGGCUUUUAUCAGCCCUCAGAUACUCAAGCUCAUCAUUGCUUUCUGUGACAAUCAGCCCAUGUUCGAUUGGAAUGGUUCUACCUAUGCAAUUGCCCUUCUUGUGGCUGCUGCCUCUCACACCAUCGUCCUCCAGAUUUACCAACGCUUCAACAUGCUGACUGCAGCUAAGAUCAAAACUGCUGUGACUGGGGUGGUGUACAAGAAGGCCUUAAACCUGGCAAACUGCUCUCGAAGGCAGUUCACGACUGGUGAAGUUGUAAAUUUAAUAUCGGCGGACGCCCAGCAGCUGAUGGAUCUGGCUGUGAACCUGAACCUGCUUUGGUCAGCACCAUUCCAGAUCCUGUUGGCAGUCUUCUUCCUGUGGCAAGAUCUGGGCCCCUCAGUGCUGGCUGGCAUUGCGGUUCUAGUGCUUGUCAUACCGUUGAAUGCAGUGGUGGCUUCCAGAAUGAAACAGCUGAAGAAAAGUCAAAUGAAGACCAAGGAUCGACGGGUUAAACUGCUAAAUGAAAUUUUGCAUGGAAUUAAGAUUCUGAAGCUGUAUGCAUGGGAGCCAUCAUUUCUUCAGAAGGUAGUGGACAUUCGAGAAAGCGAAAUGGAGGUGCUGAAAUCUUCAGGAUAUUUGACUGCGUUUUCCAUGCUGAUGUUGACCUGUGUCCCUUUUUUGGUUUCCUUGGCAACGUUUGGAGUCUUUGUAUUGGCAGAUGAUGGGAAUGUUUUAACUGCAUCCAAAGUUUUUACAUCAAUCUCCUUGUUUAAUAUUUUGAGAUUGCCACUAUUUGACCUGCCAACUGUAAUUUCUUCAGUUGUUCAGACAAAGGUGUCUCUCAGUCGACUGGAGAACUUCCUCAGUGGAGAAGAACUUAAACUGCGAGAUGUUCAGACUGAAUACCUUGGAGGCCAUGCUGUAGGAUUCACUGGAGCUUCCUUUCGUUGGGAUAAGACUGGACGUCCAGCUUUAAGAGAUCUGAAUAUGAAAAUACCAGAUGGAUCUCUGGUUGCAGUGGUGGGCCAGGUUGGUGCUGGAAAAUCAUCCCUUCUGUCUUCUAUCCUUGGGGAGAUGGAAAAGGUUGAAGGCCUCGUCCAGAGAAAGGGUUCGGUGGCAUAUGUUUCCCAGCAGGCUUGGAUUCAGAAUGCCACCUUACAAGAAAAUAUUCUCUUUGGCUCAGAAAUGAAUGAGAAGCUGUACCACGCGGUGUUGGAGGCAUGCUGUCUCCUGCCCGACAUUGAACUUCUGCAAGACGGGGACCAAACAGAAAUUGGAGAGAGGGGAGUGAAUCUGAGCGGCGGGCAGAAGCAAAGAGUGAGCCUGGCGAGGGCUGUUUACAGUGGCGCUGACAUCUACCUGCUGGAUGAUCCCUUGUCAGCUGUUGAUGUGCACGUUGGAAGACAACUUUUGGACCGAGUGAUUGGACCCACUGGACUCAUGAACAGCAAAACAUGCAUUUUAGUGACCCACAGCCCUGCAGUUUUACCUCUUGCUGACAUGAUAGUGGUAAUGGAAGAUGGCAAGAUAAUUGAAAUGGGAUCCUAUCAGAAACUACUGUCUGACAGGCAGAAGUUUGCAGAAUUCCUUCAAGUUUAUUGCCAAGAAACUAAAGGCAGCCGCUCCAGUGCUGAAGAAAAUACAGGAAAACUGAAAAGCAGCACAAUCUUAAAAGAAAUAUCGAAAGGGCGCUCUGAAGAAAAGCAAGGCCAGCGUGUAAUGAAUAAGGAAAAAGUUGCAACUGGAAAUGUUAAAGGAUCUGUUAUCAAGAAAUACCUACAAUCCUUUGGGUGGAUGUGGGUUCUUCUCACUAUAGGUGCCUAUGUAGGCCAGAAUAUCAUUUCAGUGGGACAGAACUGGCUGCUUAGCACCUGGACAUCAGAGGCCAAACAGGUGCAGGAUCUGGCUGAAUGGAAGGAUCUCAGGAACUCAAGACUCACCAUCUAUGGACUAAUGGGUCUCAUGCAAGGUUUGCUGGUAUGUUGCGGUGCUUUUGUCUUGACCAGAGGGACUUUGCAUGCCUCUCGAAUUCUGCAUCACCAGAUGCUGGACAGCAUUCUUCAUCUUCCUCUUCUGUUCUUCGAGACAACCCCUAUGGGUCAGGUCAUCAGCAGGUUCACUAAGGAUAUCUUUACAAUCGAUGAGCGUUUCCAUUACUACCUCCGGACCUGGUUGAAUUGUAUGUUGGAUGUGGUGGGAACCGUGCUGAUCAUUACUGUCGUCACACCAACUUUUCUGUUGGUAGUCUUCCCAUUGGCUGUCCUUUACCUUACUAUUCAGAGGUAUUACAUUGCAAGUUCCAGACAGAUUCGUCGGUUGGAUGGAGCAUCCCGCUCCCCUGUGAUCUCACACUUCAGUGAGACUCUGUUUGGUGUGUCUACAAUCCGAGCAUAUGGAUACCAGGACCAGUUCAUUAACCAGAACAAACAAGUAGUGAAUGAAAACCUGGUCUGCUACUAUAACAAUGUCAUUUCAAACAGAUGGCUGGCAGUGAGACUGGAGCUGGUUGGAAUCCUGAUGAUAUUCCUAGCUGCCCUAUUCAUGGUUUAUAAUAAAGACAGUAUGGAUUCUGGAACAGUGGGUUUAGCCAUGUCGUAUGCUUUAAAUAUCACUGCAACUUUGAAUUUUUGGGUUCGUAAAGCAUGUGAAAUAGAAACCAAUGCUGUGGCUAUUGAAAGAGUUUAUGAAUAUGCUGAAAUGGAGAAAGAGGCUCCUUGGGUCCUAUCCAAAAGACCACCUGAAAGAUGGCCUAGCCAAGGGAUUGUCAAAUUCAUUAACUAUGAAGCUCGAUACAAGAAAGAACUGGAGCCUGCUGUGAAAGACGUAACAUUCCAGACACUCAGUCAGGAGAAGGUUGGAAUUGUUGGAAGAACUGGUGCAGGGAAAUCUACCCUAAGUAACUGCUUAUUCAGGAUCAUAGAAGGGGGAAAAGGCAUUAUUUUAAUAGAUGGUGUUGACAUAGCCAGUAUUGGGCUACAUGACUUGCGUGGGAAACUCAACAUUAUUCCACAGGACCCCAUUUUAUUCUCGGGGCCCCUCAGGUUGAACCUGGAUCCAUUGGAAAGGCAUUCUGAUGCAGAGCUGUGGCAAGCUCUGGAAAUAUGUUAUCUGAAAGACUUUGUGUGCUCGUUACCGAAGCAGCUGCACCAUGAAGUUUCAGAGGGGGGAGAAAAUCUCAGUGUUGGACAACGGCAGCUGAUCUGCCUUGCACGUGCCUUACUACGGAAAACAAAAAUAUUGAUCCUAGAUGAAGCAACCGCCUCUAUCGACAUGGAAACUGACAACUUGGUCCAGCUGACCAUUCGGAAGGAGUUCUCUGACUGCACCAUACUAACUAUAGCUCACAGGAUACAUACAAUAAUGGACUCGGAUAGGGUGCUAGUUUUGGAUUCUGGAAGAAUUGUAGAGUUUGACUCUCCAAGCAAUCUGAUCCAGCGAAAGGGUGUUUUCUUUCACAUGGUUUCCGAGGCUGGCAUAAUUCAGAACAAGAGUGACUCUGUGAGUCAUUGGGACUGAAACAGUCACUGGCUUACUUGACGUACUGUAGCAUUUUGAACACCUAAAGCAAAAAAAAUGACAGAUAUUAAUUCAAAACUAUUGGUCUUUUCAAGUGCAUUUACAUGGGGUAAGGGUCCUUAUAAAAUGAUCCCAGUAUGCCAAGGUUGUUCCUGCUAAUUCAUUUCAAUUAAAGUAUUAGCAACUUAUCAGUCUUCCAAAACCAUAUAACCUAGAUAUGUUUUUUUUACAAUGUUUAGUUUUAAGGAACACUCAGAUAUUGUAAUACCUCACUUACAUUUUAGAAUAACGUAUUUAUUUUGAACCAAAACUAUUCAUUUUUAACCUGUUACUUGAGUCCACCUUGUUGGACUUAGUAAAUCAGAAAGUAAAUCAGACAGUAAAUCAGAAAGAUAUAUGUGAUGCCCCUUAGGUCCUUAAUGAAAGAUUGUGCUAAUAAGGCAGGAAGUAAUUUAAAAUGAAAGCAAUACUAGUAAUACCAAGUAAAACCAAGCCUAUAGUAAAGAUACAUCAUGUUGAUACAUCAUUCAUGUGCCAACAUCUGCCACCAUGCAAAUGCAGUUAUUGUCAUUGUCAUUAUUAUUCUCAAUAACUAAAAGGCAAUAACAACGUAUGCAUGUAAUCAAACCAAAAAUAAAUACUUAUUUUUAAAAAAGCACUCAGCACAAGUAAUUGCACAUAACCUCCUGUAGGAAGUGUAUUAUUGUCUCAAGAGUAACUGAGCAUAGCACAAACAUAUUUUAAACUGCCCUGGCUUGCAGUACAAAACAGUUCAACCUGCUAUGUAAUAUUUUAUAUUCCACUACCAAACAACCGCUGCUGAACUUACCCAAUCCCAAACAAAACUGAUAACGAAUCUUUUGGUUUUCAGAAGAUUGUGUAAGGCUUGUGUAUUUAUUGUUGACACACAAUAUGUGGGUUCAAAAGACUUUAUUGGGAGAGCGCACGGUAUGAGGAUGUGUACAGAGCAAAAGGGAUAUUGCAGCUGUUUAGUCUUGUUUACAAGUCUCUCACAUUUUCUCAUUCUCACUUCCUGUAUCCCCUACAUAAAGAUAUAUAUAUAUAUAUAGGAACCCUAAUUGUCCAAAAACAAACGUACAUUCAGUCAAGGUGUAGACACACAUUUCAAACAUACAUACAAAUGACUUAGUUUUUAUAGAUUUCUGGUUGCUCCUCUUCAUUUUUCUUACUUUACUAUUUUUAAAAGAUUCGAUGCUGGUCCAUUUUUGUCAGCAGGAACAAUUGUGUUUCUCCAAAUUCGCUCCCGUCAAAUCGCACCCUGAUGUAGAGAGCACCCUUCCCUAAUUCUGACAAAAACCCAGCGCACAGCACAGCCUACUCAGGACCUUUAUAUAUUAUUGUUUUGAAUAUAUUCCUGAUUUAAGUUGCAGUUUGGCUUAUUGAAGAUAUGAAGCCUGAGGUAAGCGAAUGUACCUACACUGAGUAGGUGCAAUCUCCUUUGUAGAAUAACUUGGUAUGGUUAUAAAAUAGAGUUGUAUUAACUAAUGUGUUGUUGUGUUUUUUAGAUUCACUUUGUACUCUUUUCAGUCUUGUGAUUCAGAAGUGAUGUUGUGGCCUCAAUAGAGCGCUCAGAAUAAUGUCUAACAUUCAGUUACAUCUGAUGCACCAAGUGUGACCAAUAACCUGUCGUUGUAAUUUCAACUGAGUACAUGUGUUUUUAGUCAUUUAAGUAAGUUUCUUAAUUGUUGAAAGGAUAAUUGGUUCAUUGUUGAUUGUGAAGUAAUUGAGAGACAUGUGUUGUAGAGUGCCUGAAUACUAGGUAAAAGCAAUGUUAGGUGUGUGGCUUUCAAUCAUUUUGAGCAUUAAGUAGAAAAGUAACAUCCAGCGUCUGGUCCAUUUCAGUAACCCUAUAACAGCAAAUGAACUUUAUCGGUUGCAACAAAGUAGCGUACCUAAAGCUCAAAAAAAAAAAAAAAAACGUGAGUGGGGUGUUAUUGUUUUUCACAUUCCUAUAAAGCGUUUUAUUUAUUUAUAUUAUAAUUAGAUUUGAGUUGUUUUCAAGAGAUUUUCAAAGUGCCUUAAACAAGAGAUUUGUGUACUCACUGAGCAAGCUAGCUGUCUGUCGAGUGUCCCUUUUUCUCUUUUGCAAGUUUUCAUUAAAUGCCUAUAACCCUCUUUUCUUUUCUCCAUUGUUCAGAUUGUUUCAGCAAAAUACAUAUCUUCAACAUUUUAUUAGAAAAGAGAGGUUUAGCUCACUUAAUUUAGCUAGCUGCUCUGACCUCUCAACUCAGGUCUCCCCAAUAUUUUACUUUCAGAUCUUCUGGGGACAGUACUUAUGCAUUAUUUGCAUUUUAAACGUUAAUAUAUAAUUUGGAUUGUAAUAUUUUCCAAAUACGUGGCUACUAUUAAACAAGAUGCUUGGAUAUAUAGAGAAAAGUGUUUAAUUUAAAUCAAGGGAAGCAAUGUUAAAACUUUACAAUGCAUUAGUAAGACCUUGUCUAGAAUAUUGUGUUCAGUUCUGGUCACCUCGCUACAAAAAGGAUAUUGCUGCUCUAGAAAGAGUGCAAAAAAGAGUUAUUUGGGGUUUAAAAGGCAUGUCAUAUGCAGACAGGCUAAAAGAAUUGAAUCUAUUCAGUCUUGAACAAAGAAGACUACGCUGCGAUCUGAUUCAAGCAUUCACAAUUCUAAAAGGUAUUGACAAUGUCGACCCAGGGGACUUUUUCGACCUGAAAAAAGAAACAAGGACCAGGGGUCACAAAUGGAGAUUAGAUAAAGGGGCAUUCAGAACAGAAAAUAGGAGGCACUUUUUUACACAGAGAAUUGUGAGGGUCUGGAACCAACUCCCCCGUACUGUUGUUGAAGCUGACACCCUGGGAUCCUUCAAGAAGCUGCCUGAUGAGAUUUGGGGAUUAAUGAGCUACUAACAACCAAACGAGCAAGAUGGGCUGAAUGGCCUCCUCUCCUUUGUAAACUUUCUUAUGUUCUUAAAUGUCAUGUAGCCAUUUUUUGUAUCAUGUUAUCCGGAAUGUUAAUUGUUAAAUUAAUUAAAAUUGUAUGAACUAGAUUGGUAUCAUUGAAUUACCGGCUUAGUGGCGGUUUAAUGGAAAUGCAGAGUCUUAAAGCUUAGAGUAAGUAGCGGGGUUCUGAAAUAUGUAUUGUUACACGUCCCCAUGUGCUGCUACAACUGUUUAAAUAACGUACCUGCGUACGUACAUCAGGACAACUUUUUAGACUAAAAACUUUAAAGUCUGUUUCAAAGCUUUUUUUGAAAAUGACCACUCUAGUGCACUGAUAGUGUAAGGAUUAUUGCCCACAUUGUCAAAGGUAACACAGCAAUGUGGUACGGAACAGAAAAGGCAGAGCACUUGUUGUUAUGUGUUUUUUUAAACUUCCUGCAGUGAUUUAGAGGACAGAUCUCAAACACCAGUGCACUAGAGCGGACAUUUUGAAAAGAGCUUUGAAACAGAUUUUAAAGUUUUAUAAGUGUAAAAAAGUUGUCUGGAUGUUAACAAUGAAAAGAAAAAUUACAGGUCCGUUAUUUAAAUAAUUGUAGCAACACGUGGGGAUGUAUACCGUUAUAUUUUUCGGAACCCCGUUACUUACUCUUUAACGCCAAUUUGGUUUUCAACUUGGUAUACAAUAAUUACCAGUAACAGUGGCAUCUCAGGAACAGUCAAUCUAGAAGUGGACAGUCACACGGAAAGGAAUGGCAAGCUAUAAACUAAAUAUUUCCCCACAUGCAUACUAUUGCAUGAAUCUGAAUGUGUCAGUCAUCUUAGGUAAUGUUCAGCAGUGUAGUCAUGGAUAAAUGCAUAUUAAGUUUUCUUGUUGCAGAAUCAGGGGCCCGAUAUCCAUGAUGAUACUUUUCCUAAGUUUCUUCCACUUGUUGUACUUUAAGGUAUGGUAUAGUACAAUAACCCAUGGAUUAUAAUAGCCAAUGAUUUAAUACAUAAUAUUGGGGUACUGUUUCUAAACUGCAUUUUGUCAGAAAACUGUUUAAAUCUUCUUUUCUUCUUUUAUUAAAAACCUAAGCUUGCUCUUGUAAUUUAAAAUCAGAUUUUUACUUACAAAUCACAAUGUUGGCUCUGCUUAUAACAGUGCCGUUUGGAAUAAGAAAAAAAAAAAAACUUUUGUAUAUUACCCCUUAGAUGUUUCUUUAAUUGUUACAAAAG